AUGCAAUCCGAUAGUGGUAAGUUGUUUAUUGGCGGCAUAUCGUGGGACACAAAUGAAGAGCGUCUGAAAGAGUAUUUCAGCAGUUUCGGGGAGGUGGUAGAAGCGGUGAUCAUGAAGGAUCGGACCACCGGCCGUGCUCGUGGUUUUGGUUUUGUAGUUUUUGCAGACCCAGCUGUUGCGGACAGUGUCAUAAUGGAGAAGCACAACAUUGAUGGGAGGAUGGUUGAAGCAAAAAAGGCUGUUCCCAGGGAUGACCAGAAUAUUUUGGGUAGAACCAGUGGCAGCAUCCAUGGUUCUCCAGGUCCAGGUCGCACGAGAAAGAUUUUUGUUGGAGGUUUAGCAUCCACUGUCACGGAGAGUGACUUCAAGAAGUACUUUGAACAGUUUGGGACAAUCACAGAUGUUGUGGUGAUGUAUGAUCACAACACUCAGAGGCCAAGAGGCUUUGGAUUCAUUACUUAUGAUUCAGAAGAGGCAGUGGACAAGGUUUUGCUUAAGACAUUUCAUGAACUGAAUGGGAAGAUGGUUGAAGUCAAGCGUGCAGUUCCUAAAGAGUUAUCACCUGGUCCCAGUCGCAGCCCUCUUGGAGGAUACAACUGUGGUCUGAGUAGGGUUAAUAGCUUCCUGAAUGGCUACACUCAGGGGUAUAAUCCUAGUACAGUUGGAGGCUAUGGACUUGGUAGAUUCAGUCCAGUUGCAAGUGGUCGAAGUGGGUUUCCUCCAUUUGCUUCUGGUUAUGGAAUGGGUAUGAAUUAUGAGCCAGGGUUGAACCCAGGUUUUGGAGGAAAUGCAAAUUUUAAUAGUAAUAUCAGCUAUGGACGGGGGUUGAGUCCUUAUUAUGUCAAUAAUUCUAAUAGGUUUAGCAGUCCCAUUGGGUAUGAUGGUGGUAAUGGAGGAAACACAUCUUCUUUUUUCAGUUCUGUGACUCGGAAUUUGUGGGCAAAUGGGGGGCUUAAUUAUGGAACAAACCCCACAGGUUCCAGUGCUUACAAUGGAUCCGGAAGUGGGAACAUUGGAGGAAGUACAUUUGGAAACACUGGAGUUAAUUGGCGUUCUUCGGCAAUUUCAGCUCAAGGUGGGGGAAAUAAUGUUCCGAACAAUAGUGGGAGUCUUGGUUAUGGAGCUGGUGAUAACAGUUAUGGUUUGGGAAGCGGAGGGUAUGGAAGAAACAAUGGAACAAGUGUGACCCCCACAUCCUCAUUUGCUGCAUCAAAUGGUGGUUUUGAAGGGGCAUUCGCUGACUUUUACACUAGUAGUUCAGUUUAUGGAGAUCCCACUUGGCGUUCAUCAAAUUCCGAGCGAGAUGGGCCUGGUCCCUUUGGUUAUGGGCUCGGUGGUGCAGCUUCUGAUGUUUCAGCUAAAAGUUCUCCUGGUUAUGUUGGUGGUUAUAGUGUUAAUAAGAGACAGCCAAAUACAGGGACCAGGGACCUUUUUUCCCCUCAUAAUUUGUAUGGAUGUUCAUAA